CUACUGUUCGCUCAUAAUCACAAACACCUUCACACGCUCCUUGGAAUAUAUUGUGUAGACGAGGAAUAUGGCCUCCAACACGCUGCUUGAUCGCCUCGUCGGACUCGCCAUGCUUGUCCUCGCUUCGACCGUCUUCCUCUACUACACCAUCUGGACACUACUCAUGCCAUUCGUCGACGACUCGCACCCAAUCCAACAACUCUUUCCCCCUCGCGUCUGGGCCAUUCGCAUUCCCGUCAUCCUCCUCCUUGUCGGCGGUGCUGUCGUGGGCAGUUUCCUGAGCGUGGUCAUGAUCAAGAGCAAUAAGAAGAAGGCGCUCAAGGCCAAGAAAGCUGCUGCGGCGAAGGUGCAAUAGACUGAAUUCUGGGUGGGCACAAAAAAAGGGGGGGAAAGCGUAGGCGUCAAAGGGCUUUUCGGGAACUGUACGGAGUGAUAUAUCGUUGAUGCGGUUGCAAGGGAGAUGCGGACAAGACAGUCACUUCCAACGGCAGCUCAUGGCUCUCCGAAAGAAAAACCAAGUAAAACAGGCUCGGGCAGAAGAAGUAUUCGUUAUUUUGGAAAUCGUGGGUAUCUCUGAAGAAGAACGUACGCCUUCCAGCCGCCGUAAAAGGCCGGCCUCAUCACAAGAAGAAGAAGGAGAAGAAGAAGAAGGAGAAGGAGACACAAAACCAUGAUCAUCUCAAUGCUUGAUCAGCCUCUCUCGCCUCCUCUCUCAAACCUUCCAUCUGCUCCGGUUGCAAAGCCCGCACACUGCCAUUCAAAU